AAAGGAGGGGCGAGACGCCGUCGCCAGCCCCCUCCUCUCGUCUGCGCUCCCUUCGUUUCCCUCUCGGCCGGGCACCCGAGCGCAUCCCGCCGAGGCCGGGCCGUUUCAGGGGGAGGCGCCAACUCGUCGCGGCGCCGGGCCCCUGACCGUGCAGUAACCGCUACCCAGGAGGCGGAGCGGACAAGGCUCCGGCCUGCGAGGAGUCACAUUAACUUUGCUCUAGAAGACAACUUUACAAGGAUCUAAAAGGAACAGGAUUAAAGAUGACUGAAUACUGGGUUCCAGAAAUUUAAAACAAUCAGCUUAGCAAAUCAUAUAUUCUUCUGUGGAGCUGAGAAUUGAUGUCCGCUCUUCCCCGUGAUUUGGAACUUUCCAAUCCCAGAGAAAAGUUGACAAAGGGACUGCCCAGGACUGAGUCCAUAUGGAAGAAGAACUUCCUCUUUUCUCUGGAGACAGUGGCAAGCCAGUACAGGCUACUCUGUCAUCUUUGAAGAUGUUAGAUGUGGGAAAGUGGCCAAUUUUUUCCCUUUGUUCUGAAGAAGAACUACAGUUAAUUCGUCAGGCUUGUGUCUUUGGCAGUGCUGGCAAUGAAGUUUUAUACACUACAGUAAAUGAUGAGAUUUUUGUGCUUGGCACAAACUGCUGUGGCUGUUUGGGGUUAGGUGACGUCCAGAGCACCAUUGAACCUCGGAGACUGGAUUCUUUAAAUGGCAAAAAAAUAGCCUGCCUCAGCUAUGGGAGUGGUCCACAUAUUGUCCUUGCAACAACAGAAGGAGAAGUCUUUACCUGGGGUCAUAAUGCUUAUAGCCAGCUGGGCAAUGGGACAACUAAUCAUGGUUUAGUGCCCUGUCAUAUCUCUACUAAUCUGUCAAACAAACAAGUCAUUGAAGUUGCCUGUGGGUCUUACCAUUCUUUGGUGCUAACAUCUGAUGGAGAGGUAUUUGCCUGGGGUUAUAAUAACUCUGGGCAGGUAGGAUCUGGAUCAACAGUUAAUCAGCCAAUCCCUCGAAGAGUCACUGGCUGCCUACAAAAUAAAGUAGUUGUGACCAUAGCAUGUGGGCAGAUGUGCUGCAUGGCAGUAGUAGACACGGGGGAGGUCUAUGUCUGGGGUUACAACGGAAACGGGCAGCUCGGACUCGGCAACAGUGGUAACCAGCCAACCCCUUGCAGAGUGGCAGCUUUGCAAGGCAUCCGUGUCCAGCGGGUCGCCUGUGGCUACGCACACACAUUAGUAUUAACAGAUGAAGGCCAAGUGUAUGCUUGGGGCGCCAAUUCUUAUGGGCAGUUGGGCACUGGCAAUAAAAGCAACCAGUCCUAUCCUACUCCUGUCACUGUGGAAAAGGACAGGAUUAUCGAGAUUGCAGCCUGUCACUCCACACACACGUCUGCGGCCAAGACGCAGGGUGGGCACGUGUACAUGUGGGGCCAGUGCCGGGGUCAGUCCGUGAUCCUCCCGCACCUCACCCACUUCUCCUGCACCGACGACGUGUUUGCCUGCUUUGCCACUCCCGCCGUCUCGUGGCGCCUCCUCUCCGUGGAACCUGAUGACCACCUCACGGUGGCUGAGUCACUGAAGAGGGAAUUUGACAACCCGGACACUGCAGACCUGAAGUUUCUAGUUGAUGGAAAGUACAUUUAUGCACAUAAAGUCCUUCUCAAGAUUCGAUGUGAGCAUUUUCGUUCGUCAUUGGAAGAUAAUGAGGAUGAUAUUGUAGAAAUGAGUGAAUUUUCAUAUCCUGUUUACCGGGCCUUCCUGGAAUACCUGUACACAGACAGCAUCAGCCUUUCUCCUGAGGAGGCAGUAGGACUGCUAGACUUGGCUACAUUUUAUAGAGAAAAUCGUUUGAAAAAGCUCUGCCAACAAACUAUCAAGCAAGGCAUCUGCGAGGAGAAUGCCAUCGCUCUGCUCUCAGCUGCGGUGAAGUAUGACGCACAGGAUUUAGAAGAAUUCUGCUUCAGGUUUUGCAUUAACCAUCUGACUGUAGUAACACAAACAUCAGGUUUUGCAGAAAUGGACCAUGAUCUCCUGAAGAACUUUAUCAGCAAAGCAAGCAGAGUUGGAGCCUUUAAAAAUUGAUCCCAUCUGCAGGAAAGGAGUUUUUGAGCCUUUCCAUUUCCCCUGCAAAAGCCAGAGAUGAAUCGCUUCUCUUUAAUUAAUAGUAUGUAUGAUGAGCUAUGUUUGGCUGAGUACUUGUAACUGUCAGAAGAGGGAUGGUGGUGAGUGGUCUUUGUCUGCCUAAACCCAGAGUUUAUGUAGAAAGCAUUGAAUGUUCUGAUCAGAUGUGACUAAGGUCAAGGAAAAAAAAUUGAAAUAUCUUAUUUACCAUUUCCUCUUUUGAGUCACUUAAGUUGGACACCUUUGGUACCCUGGUCUCAGUAUAUGCUAUUCUGGCCCAAAUGUUCCAUUAUUCAGCUGGCUGAUACCACAUAGAUAGCUUGACAGGGAGUGCUGUCUGUCCUUACCACAUUUUCAGCACUCAGCACAGUGCCUUGUGUAUAAUAGGCACUCAAUUUAUUAUAAAUCUUCAGUAUGUCCUGAGAACAGCUUUAGUCGUGGAAUACUGGGAGAAGGAAUAACUUUCACAAAAUAAACUUAAAACAGCCUGUAAUUAUUGAGGUUCAUAUUCUUCUGGUAUAUCAUUCUGAGAAAUUGUGGCUAAUUUAGAACAUUGUUUAGAAUUCACAAAAGGCCCUGGCAAUUAAAUUGUCAGAGGCCCAAGGGCUAAUUUUAAUUUUCUUUUUACUUGGAGUCAUUCAUUAAUUUCUCACAUGGAAUUAUGGAGCAUGAAGUAUUAUCUUUGAAUGAAAUUCCUGGGCUGAUCUGCCUUACAUAAUCACAUAAGGUCCUUUGCUUUUCUUUGUGUUAAGAGGGAUUUGCCUCUGUAAAUGAAAAUGACAAUGUGCUUUUCUUGUAGUUGACUUUCAUGUCACUAUAAAAUAGGUCUCUUAACCUGGCACCAGUAUAACUAUAAAGCACUACCUGAGAAGGAACUGAUACUUACAUUUCAUGGACAGCAUUAACAAGAAUGAGAUAAAUUUGUACUUUUUAGAUCAAAACAAAUUACCUAAUUGCAAAAGAGAAACUGAAAUGGAACAUAGUCUCAGAUUCUUCUAAUGUGUAUCUCACAAUAUCAUGUAAUGUAAAGAAAACCCUUUUGGAAUUAGAAUUCUUGUUCUGAUGCUGAACUAUUUGGUAAUAAAGUGCUUAUUUGCAGAUAACAGAACAAA